CCAAACCCAACAUAAGUAGGCCAAACCUAAUUGAUCUCGUAGCCGAUCGAUAUCCUAAAUAAGCACGGGGGCAUGCGCUUGGUUGGUUUUCAAGUCUAAGCCCUGAUCCGGCUUUUCAUCGAUCGUUCGAGUUCGCGCGUGAUGGCGCCGCCGGCCUUGCUUCCUAGGGCGAGCGCGUUGCGGCCUCUUGCCCCAGCCUCUUCUUCCCCCCUCCGCGCGCACGUCGUCGCGGCCGCCCGAACGCCCCGCGCGCCGCCACGCACAGCGCGUCCCGUGUCGCUGCUCUGCACCCCGCGCAGCAACGUGGACGCCGCCGCCGCCGCCGGCGGCGGUGGCCCCGACAAGGAACCUUACCGGUGGCCGUGGGGAUACGAGGACCCUCCCGCGUACGUGGAGGAGGACAUCGUGGAAACCCAACUCAGGUUCGUGCGCGAGUCCGGGGAGGCGGUGGCUGCGCUCAAGGCCGCGGCCGCCGACGCGUGCCGCGCGCUCGUCGACAACUUCGGCGACAUCCGCUCUCUCAAGACCGUCUACGACGUCGAGGACUACCACAUCGGCAUGCCAUUCGGUGUGCUCAUUGCAUGCAUUGGUUGCUAUCAACUGUGGAAGCUAGAUCCCUCGACAUUCCUAGAUGUUGUACUAGGCUACGCAUUCUACAGGCUCAGUGUCUUGGGUUCACACAUCCGGAGACAGGGAUUCUCGAAUGACCUGUUUGGGCGCCUCAAGUUUGUUAUUGUCAUAAUCAUGGCCGUGAAAGAUUUCAGGAAAAAUCUCGCUCCCAUUGAUUUUAUCAGGACACCAGUUUAUGCCCUCUAUUUCAUAUCCUUCCUUCAUGACAUAAUUGGUCUGAAGAAGUAUGGCAAAUAUUAUUUCGCUGUGACCAUCGAACUACUAAAAACUCAGGAGGGCAGAUGCAAGCUAGCGAGUUAUUUCUAAACGUUUAUUCUGCUAGUGGAGUGGCCAUUUUCUUCUCUAGCAUAAUCCAUAUUAUAAGUACUCCAUAUUCCAUAUGAUUAUCAGAUCAAACAAUGUAUUUGUUAUCGAGUUAUUUCUAAAUAUUUGUGCCUUACAAAAUCAUCACUCCAAAAUGUUGUUGGAAAUGC